CGCGCAUACUCAUGCACGUUUAUGCGUCCCGAUAUAAAACGCAUUAAAAAUGCGCGCGCCGUUACUGGGAAAAACACUUUUCUGUGUUUCAAACGUGGCCGUGUUAGUUUUCGUGUUAUAUUCACUCACAGAUUUCACCAAAAUAUCCCUAACAAAGUACAACGACACCGUUAUAGCGUCUGUCAAUAAUAUAAAAGAUUCAAACUCUGAAAAUAGAACUGUGUUAAAGUAUAUACUGCAAUGGACUUCGCCUCGGAACGUGCCUUUCAACAGCAUGGGUGUCGGUCAAGAAGGAUUCAUAAGCAGGAACUGUUCUUACAAAAACUGUUUCGUCACAGGAGACAGAAAAUACCUCGGCGAUGUGACUAAAUUCGACGUAAUCGUAUUUGCCGGGCCAGAAGUCGUAACGCUUCCGAGUUUUUAUUUGCCUCAAAGCAGAGCGCAUCACCAAAAGUACGUUUUUGCGUCAAUAGAAUCAUCUGGCUACUACCCAGUUUGUUCAAAUAGAUUCGACGGGUUUUUCAAUUGGACGUGGACUUUCAGACUGGACUCUGACGUGCGAUGGGGUUACAUGCUUGUAAAAGAUGCGGAGAACAAUAUAAUUGGUCCAAACAAAAUUAUGCAUUGGAUGAAAUUGGAAGAUAUGAGUCCUGUGAGUGAGGAGUUUAAACAGAAGUUGAAGACUAAGAAGAAAGCAGCAGCGUGGUUUGUUUCGAAUUGCUUCGACAGAUCUGGCCGCUUCGAAUUUGCUGAAAAACUGAAAUAUAAACUGAAAUCGUACAAUCUUAUGCUUGAUAUAUACGGAAAAUGUGGACAACUGUCGUGCCCACCAUCAGAACAUGAGAAAUGUCUUAAAAUGCUUGAUGAAACGUACUAUUUCUACUUAUCUUUCGAGAAUUCGUUUAGUGAAGACUAUGCUACAGAGAAGUUACUAAUGGCACUACAAAACAAUGUUGUGCCUAUAGUCUACGGUGGAGCUAAUUAUACAAGAUUCAUGCCCUACGGGAUCUACCUGAAUGCUAAAGAGCUGGGCGUGACAGCUCUUGCAGCAAAGAUGGCUGAAAUCAUCAAGAACCCGGAACAGUACGCCAACUUCUUCAGGUGGAAGAACCACUACUCCUACCACAGCAAGCAUGAGAUUCCAGAAACGAAUGAGUAUUGUAAGAUGUGCGAGCUGUUAAAUAAUGAAGAAAAGUUGAAGAAGACUAGCAUUAUAAGUAAUUUUAAAGACUGGUGGGACAGCCCUAACAUGUGCAAUAGAUCUUUGUUUUAAGUAUUGCUUCAACCACACCAACGCGUGCAGAUCGCCAUUGCCAGCGCGAUCACGGCGUGAUCAUAGGCCAAUGACAAGUCGCGCGGACUGUUCGUGGGUCGCGCGGAUUGUUCGUGGGUCGCGCGGACUGUUCGUGGGUCGCGCGACCUGUCAUAGGCCUAUGAUCGCGCCGGCGAUGGCGAUCUGCACGCGUUGGUGUGGUUGAAGCUUAUAACAUAACUUUCAAUUAGGUAGUCGGCACCAUUUACUGUUUUUCUAAAAUAAUACUACAUUUCUAGUCCUGAAAACCAAAUUACAUUUUCAAAGCUAGAUUUUUAGUUGCUU